GGGUUCCGCGGGCAUUGAACCUGAAGAGGAGAGGGUGACUAAAAAGGGUGGAAUGCGUCGGCAAUUUCCACUGAAGCUCGCCUGGGCCUGUACAGUACAUAAAGUACAAGGCAUUACAGUUGAUAAAGUGUAAAGAUGGAUGGUUAUGCUUAUCAUAAUCAGCCAAGGACUUUAUCCUACAAUAGCAGAGACCCAAUAUUGACAGAAAUUCAAGGCCAACAGCAUGGUGGAGUUGGCCUGUAUGGUGCAGACAAUUUGGCAUGUAAUGUUCUCCAGGUACCAAAUGUCAAUUUAGAAUGUUUGAUUUACCACUGCACUACAUACAGCAUUUUGAUAGCAGUAAUUUAUAGACCACCAUUGCCGUUGUUUAAAGGAAAUUUAGGCAAAUUACUCAAUUGGCUGAAUCCACUAAGUAACACAAUUGCUGUUAUGGGAGAUUUCAAUGAUGAUAUUUUGAAAUCAUCGUCAAUUGCCAAAUUUAUGAGAAACAAAGGGUUUGGUCAAUUUGUGAAACAACCCACAACAAUAAACGGCACACUGAUUGAUCAUGUGUAUGUGAAAACAACACAUUAUAUUGUUGAAUCGUUAGUGUUGCCAACUUAUUUCAGUGACCAUGAGGGGAUCAUGUGUUCUUUUACAUCCAGCACAGAGUAGUUAGGGAGAAGAGGAUAGUAGUAGUAAUUUUUAGUAGAGGUAUUUGAUACAUUUUAUAUUGUUAUUUAUAUAUGCAUGUUUAUGCAUGUUUACUUUUCAGGAGUUUGGUGUACUUCUAUAUUGUGUGUUCAAAAUAUAAAAACAACAAAAAAGUAUUUGAUAAAGUUUAUGUUGUUGUUGUUUAUAUAUGCAUGUUUUCUUUUCAGGAGUUUGGUGUACUUCUAUAUUGUGUGUUCAAAAUAUAAAAACAACAAAAAAGUAUUUGAUGAAGUUUAUGUUGUUGUUGUUCAUAUAUGCAUGUUUUCUUUUCAGGAGUUUGGUGUACUUCUAUAUUGUGUGUUCAAUAUAAAAAACAAAAAAAAAUACCACCUAAAAAAUGUGUUCUAUUUAUGGGUUUCGUUUCCUGCAUUACAGCAGCAUUCUAAACUGAAACAAACAGUAUGAUAAACAGUACUAACAAUCCUUAUCAGAAAUUUCAUUGAUACAUAUUUGUAAUUUUAUAUGUAAAACAUUUUCUUGAAAAGAUUUGGCUGAUAUAUCGCACUUACUAUACUGCAGUAAUUGCAUAAGAUGAAUUGCUGCCAGUCAUAUGCUGUUGCUAAUGCAGGUUUUGCUUUACCUUUCGUGUUGCUUCAAAAAGCAAAAGGCACUGGUAAUGGUACUCCUGGUUUACCGGGAUGGGGUUCGAUUCCCUGUGGUGUCCUGCUGAUUCUUUUGCAUUUACAUGAAAGGCCUUAUUUUACUCAAUUAUAUGUGUAACAAGUGUGACUAAACUCCAUAAAAGAAAAUCCAAAUCAAAUUAACGCUUGUAUUAUGUUCGUUUUCUACUUUCGUGUUCCUCGUCAAAUUUGACAGGUCUGGUUUAAGUGCUCUUACAUUACCACAAAAAACAUCAUUCAAACAUAAUGAAAAGGACAUUUUAUUGAACACUUUUAAUACAUUGUAGUAAGUGUUUCUAACUAGUGGUGAACAUGCAUAAUGGCAAUGAACAUAGAAAGAAUAGACACUAAAAAUGAUAAUAGUCCUCUUGUCAUGAUCUAUGGCUGCGGUGUCUGUGUUGUGUUUUUUGUGCUUGUGUGUUCUGUUUACUUGCAGAGUUGCGCUGGAAGGCUGGGCGGAUUUGUUGUCUCAGGAGGGAUCACACUCAUAUGCACCUGCUGCAGGCUGACAAUUAAUGCCUGCUUAAAAGUCUUGAUCAACACACUACCUGCUGCCAGAUGAUUUUGCCAACCACAUGCGCUGUGUUUCUCCAAGUGGCCAAACACCACACAUGUCCUCAGCCUGGCUGCAACACUCCACCUGCCAUGGGCUCCUCCAAGCAUCUAGACACCACACAGGUCUCCAGCAGCCUCAACCUCAAACCAUCAUCAGCUGUGAAUUCAGUUGUGUUGAAAUAAAGAAGGUUUUGAUACUGCUGCAGCCUUGUGUCUGCUUUUGACUUUUGACAACCAGAUUCUACCAAGUGUAACACAUCUAUGUGUGUGUGUGUGUGUGUGUGUGUGUGUGUGUGUGUGUGUGUGUGCGCGCGUGUGUGUUUUCGACACACAGGAGUGGCAUUACACAAUCAGGUUGGAGUGUGCCUUGCAAACAAAGGCAUCACAUUAGUAGCAUGUCAGUGUUGUUGCCGUCGUUGGGCGGCUUAGCC